GAGUGAACGUCUGAGAUGAUGACUCUAAGGAGUGUUACCUUCUCUUCGUCCCCCCUGCUGCUGCCUGCUGCUCUCCUGCUCUUCCUCCUCCUCCUGCUCUCCUGCGGCACCCUCAGGGUAACGGCUGGCAAGGGUGCGAGGUUACCAUCCAGGAGCUACCCAAGAAUACACCGAAACCUGCCCAACUUCUCCUUCAGGUCUGGGGGUGUACGACAGAUCACCCCCUCCAAGAACAUCUCCAAGCUCCUCGACAACCUGCUGGAGGGUUACGACCAGAAGCUCCGGCCCUCGUUUGGAGGCGAGCCCACCACCGUGGAGAUCGACAUAGAGGUCCGCAGCAUGAGCCAGAUCUCAGAGAUGGACAUGACCUACUCCAUGGACUGUUACUUCCGCCAGUCUUGGGUGGACGAGCGCCUGGCGUUCUCAGACCUGGAGGAGGCCUUCACGCUCUCCGUGUCCGUCCUCGACAAGCUGUGGAAGCCCGACACCUUCAUCUACAACGGGAUGAGGAGCUACGUCCACCUCAUCACCACCCCCAACAAGUUCAUCCGUCUUUACCAGAAUGGCAGGAUUCUCUACUCGUCAAGGCUCACCAUCAAUGCCAACUGUCCCAUGAAUCUUCAUGACUUUCCCAUGGACACGCAGCGGUGUCCUCUAAGGCUUGGGUCGUUUGCCUACACGACCAGUGACGUCAUCUACCGCUGGAACAGGGCCCGCCAGGUGGUCAUCGCGCCUGACCUCAUGCUCUCCCAGUUUGACCUCAUAGCCACGCCCUCUGGCUUCGAGAACACCACCAGGACGGCAGGGGAGUUCUCGACCUUGCUGGCCAGCUUCCACCUCCAGCGACACAUGGGUAACUUCAUGAUCACAGUGUACGGUCCGUGUGUGCUGCUGGUGGUGCUCUCCUGGGUGUCCUUCUGGCUCAACCGUGAAGCCACCUCCGAUCGCAUCUCUCUAGGUAUCACGACGGUGCUGACUAUGACGUUCCUGGGACUGGAGGCGAGGACAGACCUGCCCAAGGUGCCCUACUCCACGGCCCUCGACCUCUUCGUCUGGCUCUCCUACGGGUUCAUCUUCGCUACCAUCAUUGAGUUCGCCUUCGUCCAUGUCUUCACCAAGGUCGGGUCCGGCGAGGUCUACCUGUCUCAGGCCAGCUCUGAGGCCGACUCCUCGGACGACGACCUCUACCAGGAUGAUGACGAUGGCUUGGAGGAUGAGCAGGCAGAGCCUGUAGCAGUGUGCCUGUCCGUGACGGAGAGGGAGGUGGGGGCUUGCCCUGGCACGGGCCCCAACGGUGUCGGCACCUCCUCCAGGCCCAAGACUCCUCCCUUCAGGGACGCCAGGUUCUCCUUCUUCAGCAGACUGGCGGGUCUCUGCGGCAGGGAGAAGGCAAGGACCCACAGCACAACCAUAGAGACCAUAGACCAGCUUAAGGAGGUGCGUCGAGCAGUGCAGCGACACCAGAGGAAGGCGCAAGCGGAGGCAGACGACGCCGAAGCCCGUCGCUGGACGCAAGACUCGAGGAGCGGCAAGAGGACCAACCCCAGCAACAAACUCCUCCAGAUGAACUCCGUCUCCAACAUCGACGAGAUCUCCCGCAUCCUUUUCCCCCUCUCGUUCCUCUGCAUCAACUUCCUCUAUUGGUACACCUUCCUCUCCCACAACCCCUGGCCGCCUGACUACCUCUAAACUCCUCUGUACUCCUAUUUUUUUUUGUAUAAUCUGGUAUUUUCUGAUGAUGUGUCCCAAUACUGAAGCAAAUUCUUGAAAAGCUGAUGUGACGCACUUUGCCCAGGGGUAAAUAUUACUUUCUCUAAUGUAAGUCACUUCCUGGUGUGAGCCACACAUUCUGUAAGUUUUCCUUAUGUAAACAAUACAAUUUUUUGCUAUAAUCCGCUUGCCUUUUAGCGUAAAACAAUAUAUUUUCUUCUUUAUAAUCUGUCCUGAUGCCACUGACUUCUGUGUCUGUUUCAAUGCGAGGCACCAUAAGUGCAAGUGCACCAUAAGUGCAAGUGCACCAUAAGUGCAAGUGCACCAUAAGUGCAAGUGCACCAUAAGUGCAAGUGCACCAUAAGUGC